AUGUGUACAACCGAAAAAUAUUUUGUGUUGGAUCCGAGAGAAGCCACCGCCUCGGAUCUCAUACAUCUUCUCUUUUCUUCGGAUUUCGAAAAUAGAAGGUUCAUCGAUUCUUCGGAAUAUAGGCUUGAGGAUGAUCUUUACAGAUUCCGGCGAAGAUGGAUCAUCUUUGUAUCAAUCGUUAUUCAGAAACUUAUGAUUCUCCUAAAAAACCCUCUCUACUUUUUUGGAUUCUCUCUUGCUUAUUGGUUCAACCUUGUAUCUUCGAAUGGUGGCUUCUUCAUGAUACUCCCAAAUAUUUUCAAAGGAAAGAUGAUCUGGCCGGAGAAAACAUCGGCGACAUUUGCAUCGCUAGUCGGAAAUCUAGACCCGCGUGUAGAGUUAGACGGGAGAAUAGAGACAGGAAGUAAAAGAUACAAAGCAAUGUUGUCAAUUAUGGCUUCUAAGCUUUCUUACGAGAACAUAAACUUUGUCAGCUCUGUUCUUCACAACCAUUGGAAGAUGGACUUAUUGGGUUUCUACAGCUGUUGGAAUGGUUACCAGAAACAGAGGUCAACAGAGGUAAUUGUUAUAAAGGACACAAGCACGGAUCCGAACCUCAUCGUCGUCAGUUUCAGAGGCACCGAUCCAUUCGACACUGAUGAUUGGUGUACGGACUUGGAUCUUUCUUGGUACGAGAUUAAGAAUGUGGGAAAGGUUCAUGGAGGGUUCAUGAAAGCUUUAGGUCUUCAAAAAGAAGGGUGGCCUAAAGAAGUAAACUUUGACCAAACCCAAAAAGAAACAACUCAAUAUGCAUACUAUACUAUUAGGCAUUACAUUAAAGAGAUUCUUGACCAAAACCCGAUAUCCAAAUUUAUCCUGACCGGACAUAGCCUAGGUGGGGCUCUAGCGAUUCUAUUCACGGCCGUAUUGAUGAUGCAUGACGAAGAGCAAAUGCUAGACAAGCUCGAAGGAGUUUACACAUUUGGUCAGCCACGUGUGGGAGACGAGGACUUUGGAAAGUUCAUGAAAGGUUCGUUGAAGAAAUUUGACGUGAAGUACGAAAGAUAUGUUUAUUGCAACGACAUGGUUCCUAGGUUGCCUUUCGACGACAAGACACUCAUGUUCAAACACUUUGGGGCAUGCCUUUUCUAUGACAGUCUCUAUAGAGGAAAGGUAGAGGAAGAGGAGCCAAAUAAAAACUACUUCAAUUUGCUCUGGGCUAUACCGAAGAUUAUUAACGCAUUUUGGGAGUUGAUGAGGAGUUUCAUCAUGCCUUAUUGGAAAGGUGAAGAGUACAAAGAAGGAUGGUUCUUGAGAUGUUUUAGGGUCGUCGCAUUGUUAAUUCCAGGAUUACCUGCUCAUUUUCCUAAUAAUUACGUCAAUAUUACUCUCUUAGGAGACUUACCAGAUUUACAUCUUGACUAA